AUGGACGAACCUCGACAAGUCGAAUACUCCGUGGAGAAACCGCUAAAUCGCGAACCACCGACCGAAAACCUGGUGGAUAGCUUUUACACUCCCCAAGACAUCAGCUAUGACCGCAACCACGGCCCAAUACCACAUCUUCCCGCCGGCGAAGAUCACCUCGUCCGCAUCGACGGCCAAGUCCGCACCCCGGUUACCUUAUCCGUGAAAGAGCUCACAACCGAAUUCCCGCAACAUCAGAUCAUAUGUGCGCUAGAAUGCGCGGGGAACAGACGACACACGAUGCGCACUCUUCUGCGGGAAGUCGAGGGAAUCGAUUGGGGCGAUGGCGCGGUGAUGAAUUGUAAAUGGAAGGGACCGAAGUUGAGGGAUGUGUUGCGGAGUGCGGGUGGAAUCAGCGGGAAAGUCGAGGAUCUACAUGCUGCAUUUUCAUGCUACCAGGUUAGAACGCAGAAUGAUACUUGGUUUGGGGGCAGUGUGCCGUUGGAAAGGGUUAUGAAAGAUGAGGAUGGGGGAGAUGUGAUUCUUGCACUUGAGAUGAACGAUAUGCCCCUAACGCCCAAACACGGUUAUCCCCUCCGCGCGGUCCUCCCUGGUAUCGCAGGCGCAAGAUGGGUCAAAUGGCUUGACCAGAUCACAAUCCAAGAUCAUGAAUCUACCAACUUCUAUCAGAAACACGAUUACAAGGUUCUUCCCGAAGAGGCUGUCGAUAAGGAGUCCGCGGAACCGCACUGGGACCAUACCCCGCCUAUGUAUGAUACGCCCAUUAAUUCAGUGAUCGGUGUUCCGACGGACGAGGAAACUGUUACUUUACGCGAUGGAAAAGUUGAGGUGAAGGGGUAUGCAGUGCCAAAUGCGGCGGAUGGGCCGGUCACGCGCGUGCAGGUCUCGACGGAUUGUGGGAAGAGCUGGGUGGAUGCGGAAAUUGGGAAGAGUGAGGGACAGAGAAAUAAGUGGUGCUGGGUGUUGUGGAGGGCGGAGGUGAGUAUAGAGCCUGGGACAGGGAAAGAGAUUUGGAGUCGGGCGUUUGAUGCUGGGGGGAAUGUGCAGAAAGAGCAUUCGCAGUGGAAUCUGAGGGGAGUUGGAUAUAGUGGAUACGGAAGAGCCAUGGAUCUUACUAUCGCCUAA